GUCGCCAUUUUGCGAAUGAACACGUACGAGGAGUUUAAAUUUUGAGAGUUCUUAUAAUCCAUUUCUAGUUUGUAUCAGUAUAAGUUUACUCAUAUAGCUAAAGAUGGAACUAUUUACGAUCCUGAUUCAUUUUUGUGAGUAAAAUUAAACUUUUGGUAUUAGAAAUACUAAAUCAUUUUGUUGAGGCUGCAGUUGACGAGUUAGUCGACUUUUCGGCCAAGGCAAAUCUCGGGCCUAGUUCCAAGUCAUGGCUGAAAAGUUUCGUGGCGAUGGAGUAAGAAAUGAAGAACCAAAAAAUCGUCCUGUUGGGUCGAGUUCAAAUACCAUAUAUGGUGAAGUUAAUCACAAAGAAAGAAGUCCGCUUGUAGUUCCAUCGGGAGAAUAUACUCAGAAAAAGAAACCAACAUCUUUCCAAAUUACAAGUGUAACUGUACAAGGAUCAACCCAGCUAAGUAAUGAUGCUGGAGAGGAUAGUGCAGAUGAUCUUGAUGAAAGUCACACUGAAGAUAUGCCUUCGGACAGACAUAGUGUACCUUCAGAAUUAGACAAUGACCAGCUUUCUGAAGCUAGCACAAUAACUAGUAGUAACAGCAACAACAACAUAAAUGAGAAAGCUAAAGUUUCUCCAGCUGGGCCAAUUACUGAAACAACUUCCAGUCCAUCCAUUCCAGCAAAAGUUGAGAAUAUUGUUGAGACCAUUAGUAAUGUUAGUACAAGUGUAACAACAAGUGAUUCCAAAGUAGGUGUAGAUAUUCCUUUAGGUGUUUCUCUCUCCACAGAUUUUGCAGGAAAUAUGAUUGCUUCAGGGGGUCAACAUGUAACCUUGUCCCUUAUGUCAAGUUGUACUACAAGUAAAUCUACAGUCAGUAGCCAAGUACCCAUGACUUCUUUACCAGACCAGUGGCAGAAUCGUUUUAAAGUUGUUAAGCUUGUUAGCAGUGAACCAUUUAAACGAGGACGUUGGGUGUGUAUGGAUUUUACAAAUCCACCUGCUGUACAGAGAGAUGUUCCUAAGCAAGAAGUUUCUACUGAACAGAGCAGCACUUCUGGAGCUUCAAGUGCUGGAAGUUCAGCCACUUCAUUGUUUAGUGAAAAUCAGCCAUUGGAUACUGUAGCACAUUUUUAUGAAAUACCUGUGAGUCAACCUUAUUCUGUAGCAGGUAGCAUAUCAGUUGCAGUUGAUACACCACAGAAUUCUCAGUCUAUCAUAUAUCUUCCAAUGAACAACCAAGUGUAUAGUGCCCCACAGGUACCCCAUAUGGCUGUUGUUCAGAAUUUUGGAAUCCAGUCUGGUCAUCAAAUUGUAACUGACUCUCAGCAACAAAAUAUUUUGUCACAGCAAGGUCAAAUAGUAGUAAAGACAAUGCAAAAUCAAACAAGCCAGCAGCAACCUCAGCAUCCAGUGCAGCCUGGCCAGAUGGUUCCUGCAGUCUCCCAACCUCUUUCUCAACCAAUAGUUCAGGUUUCACAAACAUUGCCACAGUCUGUAGUUUCUCAGCAACAGCAUCCAACUCCUCCUACUCAGCCAUCUUCAGGGCCUCACACACAAUCCAUAGGAAACAUUCCAGAUGUCACACAUUCUCAGGCAUCUCAGACAGCCAGCAGUCAAGAUCAGAAUUAUCAGGGUCCUAGUCAAGUUACUUUAGCAACUGUUAGCAGUGAUGUUAGUAUGCCAAAUGUCAUGACAUCAGUCACCUCAAUGGUGCCACCUCUCUUGGAAGUUCUUCCUGAUACUCUAACUCUUGGGAAUAAAAGUAUAGGUGAUGGAGAAGAAGCUGAAAGGAAGCAGCACAAAGAGGUGAAAGACCUUUGUUCUGUCAAUCUUCUGGACAAUUUUGUAAACCUCG